AUCUAGAAUCAGCGAUAGAACACACACACAAACAUUGUUCCAGUGCUAAUCACCCAUUUCCGGAUUCUCUGCUAGCCAGUCAGAAUUAAUUUUCCGGGGUCUGAAACGUCUAUAUUUCGUUGAUACUAGAUUUGAUACCGGCUUGAUAACUUAGCUCUAAUACCAGGAUGAAUAGGUUCAAGGUUUCAAAGUUCAAGAAUGCAUUCUGUGUAAAUCCAAAGAGAGAGACCUGGAUAACCGAUGUUCGAACAGGAUCCCCCUCAUCAUGCGGGAAUCACAUCAAAGCCAGUGGGGCAUACAUGGUGUACAACGCCGAUCCUCCAAGUGGAGGUUGUAUAGGACUGUUAGAUGUGAAUUCUGUUGGUCGUCAGUCGCAGAACUUGUACUUGCAUCAUGCGCAUUCAUCCCUCGUCACAGAUUUAGACUUCUCUCCUUUCAACGAUUAUCUUCUGGCAACAUGCUCACAAGAUAAAACGAUCAAAAUAUGGGAUCUUCCAGAGGGAGGGUUUGCAGAUGGUUUAACAGGCCCUGUGUGUUCAUUCCAAGGUGGAGAGCGGAGAGUAGAGAAUGUGCUGUUCCACCCCACAGCCAAGGAUCUCUUGACUGCUUCAGUUUAUACCACAGUGAAAAUCUAUGAUUUGACUCAGGAAGAGGAAGCAUUAGCUGUUGAAGUAGCUGAGGACCAGCUCCAAGGCAUCAGUUGGAAGCUUGAUGGAACCCUCCUGGCAACCACCUCCAAAGAUAAGAAGAUUAGGAUAGUGGAUCCGAGAGCUAAUAGUGUCACCUCGGAAACACAAGGACACGACGACAUUCGUGAUUCCCGUGUAUGCUGGCUUGGGGAUAGGGACCACAUUCUCUCGACUGGCUUCAACAGUCGGAGAGCGAGGCAAGUGAAGGUUUACGAUACGCGUAAAUUUGGAACAGCGUGUUGCUCUGCGGACAUGGGAACAGCAACUGGAACGAUGAUGCCAUUGUAUGAUCCUGACACUCAACUUGUCUUCCUGUGUGGAAAGGGUGAUCAGAGGAUAGGAAUUUUUGAAGUUUUGGAUGGAGGAGCCAGAAUCUCUGAUUGUACCACAUACAGCAGUGAUCAGCAGCAGAAGGGAAUAUGUCUCGUUCCCAAGAAAGUCUUAGAUGUGAUGUCGUGUGAGGUCGGUAGACUUCUGCAGCUCACCAAACAAGGCAUCAUUCCUCUCAAAGUAGAAGUGCCUCGAACAAGUCAUCUGAACUUUUACCCAGAGUUGUUCCCAGAGACAGCAGGAGAUGAGCCAGCGUUGUCAUCGACCCAGUGGCUUGCCGGAGAGAAUGCACAAGUUGCCAAAUUUAGUCUUGAUCCAGCCAAGAGGAAGAAUAUGAAGCCCAAGAAACCAGCCAAUCAGGAUGCACCUGGGUCUGCUUCGUCCAAUCAGACACAAGCAGGAGGAGAUGCUCCAUCAAUACAAACAGAGGAUGCCAAACCCGAUGAGUCGCCAUCAUCAGCUACACCGGCCCCACCCGCCUCUUCCAGCACAUCAGCUGCCAUGGCAACUGCAUCGUCAUCAUCAUCAUCAUCAUCAGCUCCAGCAUCCUCCUCUACAGCGAAAGCUUCCAGCGCUGCUUCAGUCUCAAGAACUGAGAACGCAUCACCCAAGAAGAAAUUCACCAUGGCAAAGACAUCAAAGUUUAAGCAUUUACAGGGAACCCUUGGGCAGAGGAAAGAUCACAUCUUCAACAUCCGGAAUGCCAGCAUCAACGUGUUUGGAGAAAGUGAUGGUUUCCAUGCCAACAAGAAGUGGGCGGCUGUCCCUCUUGCUGGCAGCGGAGGUCUCAUUACCAUCAUCGAUAUAAACAAACCAGGCAAGCUUCCUGAGACGGGGGUACCCACCGUUCAGAACGGUUCCACCAUGAUGGACUUUUGCUGGGAUCCUUUUAAUGACUGCAGACUGGCCGUUGCUUGUGACGAUGCUAAGAUCCGUGUCUGGAGCUUCCCUGAGGAGGGCUUCGAAGGAACACUGACCGAACCAGACGUCUUCCUCUUAGGACAUCAAGAGAAAAUCUACUUCAUAAAAUUUCAUCCCCUGGCGAGUGACGUUCUUCUAUCAGCGUCGUUCGACAUGUUCCUGAAAGUCUGGGACCUGACAACGGGAGAGGAAAUAUUAUCCUUAGAGGGGCAUACAGAUCAAAUAUUCAGCGCAGCCUGGAGUCCUGAUGGAAAGAGAAUAGCCACAGUCUGCAAAGAUGGUUUGAUCAGGAUAUACGAACCAAGGUCAUCAAACACACCUGUCGCUCAAGGACCAGGUCCAGAGGGCUCAAGGGGUGCUAGAAUAUUCUGGGUCCACAACGGAGAGCUGCUCGCCGUUUCCGGCUUCGAGAAGGAUUCCGCCAGGACUGUGUCGUUGCACGAUCCAAAGGAUCUCACUGAAGCCUUGCAAACAUUAGUCAUUGAUAAGGCCAAUCCGGCCACACUGAUACCGUGCUACGACCCCGAUACACAUGUAGUCUUUAUGACUGGCAAGGGAGAGCGUUUAGUAACGUGUAUAGAAGUUUUGAAGGAGGCCCCCUACUUCAUGCCUCUGUCCAACUAUGCAUCGCCCGAGUCACAUCAAGCCCUCUCGUUUCUACCCAAGACGUGCUGUAGGAUCAAAGACGUUGAGUUCAUGAGAGCUCUAAAGCUCUCCAAGACAACACUGGAAACUAUCCACUUUACACUGCCCAGGGUUAAGAAAGAGUACUUUCAAGAUGAUGCCUUUCCCGAUACUAAAGUGACAUGGGAACCGGUUUCGACUGGUGCUGACUGGUUUAGUGGCAAGAAUGGAGAAGCCAGAACUAUGAACCUUUGUCCAGAAGGAAUGAAAUAUUUGAGCUCGAUACCCAAGGCUGGACCCCCGCCCAAGAAAUACUCCAGUGAACAAGAGCUUACCUAUAAGACCGAUGCAGAGAAGAGAGAAGAGAUUAUGUCUUCCAUGAAUACCAAGCUAUCCUUGAAGUCUGAACCUUUACCUCAGGAUAAAUUUGAAGGUGUUGAUGAUGAUGAAUGGGAUGAUUAAAAGGAGUCUCACUGAAACAGACAGGUGGACAAGAUUUUGACAUCCUGUUAUAGUAUGCAGAUGAUGAGUACCGGUAGUGCGCAACAGGGUGAGAGAGAUUAAGUGCAACCUCAAACCUGAUACAGUUUUGAAAUUUGUAAAGAUGGUCAUUUGCGCUGAAAUCAAUGCAUGCUACUUAACCUGUCAAUAGGAGAACAACUUUCUGUACCGUGUGCUACAAAAUAUGAGACUAUCACAUACAUUUAUAGGAAUAUAUUUUCAUCUUUCUGUAAGCAUACAUUUUUAGAAGGUUUAGACCAGGCCUUCUCAACUGAAUUAUUAGAAGUGUCAAAACUAAAAGAAUUUGUUGUUGAAGUGGCAACCUGUAUGUUUGACUGUGCUGCGAGGAGCAUAGCAACCGAGCCGAAAAUCGGCGGGGUCCAGGGCCAAAGCCUCUUCGAGGAUGAAGGGGGCAGAGCCCCCUGAAGCUGUAGUGGCUAUCUUUAAAGGCCCAUAGAUGUGGCAUUUUCAACAUCUUUUUAUUCCAAAAUAUAUCAAUCGUAAUUUCAUAUUGAUGUGAACAAAUUAGUACAAUUCCUUCGUACAAUUACAGUUGAGGUAAAUUUGAAUGUAGUUAUUUUGGUGCAAUAAACACAGGAAAUGUCAAAAUUAAGUGAUAAAUCAAACAAACAAAAGCAAGAUGUUUCCAGAGAUUGGCAAUGUUAAAAUUAGUAGCACAUCGUAUUAGCUUAUAGUUCUUUAGAGCUCAGGUUUAUAGUCUUAUAACAUGGUUAAAACAAUGUUAAAUUCCCCUUACCGCAAGUGCAACAAGUGGCGCAAGCACCGCCAGUUGAGAAAGUCUGGUUUAGACUUUGAAUAUUGUUGAGCUUUUGGUAGUUAAUAUCCAGCCUUGACUCUUUUUUAGUGCACAAAAGAUUACCAAUGAAUCAUUAAUUACAGUGCCAUUUAAAUGCAAAUGCCUAUUAGCAUCACAUCAAGGAUACAUAACGUAUCCAUGAAUCCUCCCGUUACAAAUUAAUUCCCAUUUUUUAAAAGGCUGUAAAUGUUAUUAUAUCCCCAAACUUCAUAAUGUGCUGGUCACAUCUUCAAAGCCUUAAGAUGUCAAAAUAUACCAUCUGAUUAAUGAACUUGUACCCUUGGCAACAAAUUAAUUACAAAGAAGCAUUUGUUUAAUAUCAGUCAUUAUAACCAGAGAGUUUAACAUACCGGUACUUGUUUGAAGAUGGGUUUUGUUCUAUGUAACAGUCAUUUUUUAUUUUUGUUUAAACAUGCCAAACUAAAAGUAUGAGUGUGCAGCUCAAGAAUCCUGCCAUUUUGUUAACAAGUCUGAUUAUUGCCAUGUGUAUCACAUGACUGACCACCUGAUAUCUGCCUCUAUUUUUUCCAUUUAAAGCAUUAAACCUGAUAUUUGUUUGAACUGACAAUAUUUUCUGUUCUUCCACUUAAAGGGAUCUGGUAUUAAACUUAGUCUUAGAUCCUUUAGAAAUAAUCCUUAAUUUAGCUCAUGCUGCAUUGAUAAUUAUAAACCUUAAGGUCAGUCAGGAACUCCAUGACUUUUACAAGACGAUCGCCUGUCUGAUUAUCAAGAUGUUAAUGAUUGGAAUUACGAAUGUUGAAAACAGUUCGCCGAAUGGUUUUCAAAACACUAAAGUCUAUUGGGGUAAACGAGUAUGGUAAAACCGGUCACUCAAAGAUUUUUACUUUUUUGAGGCACUUCUUGAGCAUUUUGAAGCGUGAUUUUUUAGGGCUUCAAUAUUACACCAUAUCACAGACACUGGUAACAUGUAGGACCGUGUAUCUCAUAUUUAACAUUGUUAAACGAUCCCUUUAACCUUCUUUCAGAGAUUUCAAUAACUAUAACCCUAAAUUGGUCAAUUUGGAAAAGGCAUUGAAUUCAAGAAAAUUGAUACUCAUUAUAAUAAAUUGAGCAGCAUGCACCGGUAUCAAGUAUUUGUGCUACAAUGAUCGAUUUGACAGUUUUCAUUAUAAUUUAUCAGUGAUAUGUGACUGGUUAUUGAUUGAGGUACACUACACUUGAGAAAAUUGUUAAUGAGAACAUGCCUCUGUAUAUGUGUGUGCAUUCACUGCAUUAAUACUCAUUUCCACAAUCUGUUUCUUUGUUCUUUCAUUAUAUUCCAUCUUGGAAGAAAAUGAAUCAGUUUUACAUUUGAUAAAAGUUUUAAUUUUAACAUCGUAAUUCCUGUAGCCUUUGAAUUUGUCUAUACAUUACAUAUAUGUUUUAAGCGUUGAUCAAAACAAGGUUUCUCAUUGAUAUUUUAUGCUUGGUCAUUAUGAAAUGAUGAGAACAAUUUGUAAUCUUUCUAGAUAUUUUAUAUGUUCUUCUGAACAGUAUGUUGAUGAUCAACUUGCUUUCAAGAGUGAAGAUGAUGACUUGCAUUGUAAAUGUUUUUGGAGAAUUAUAUGUUGUUUGUUAUAACAUUCUUAUAACUGUGAACUUGAUAAAUUUUACUCUAUUGGUGCCACAGAGAGAUAAAUUCCUUCUGAUAUUUUGCUGAGGUCGUCUGUGAAAGAAGAAGUGAAUCGUAUUGUCUUUAUUUUUGUAAAACAACAACAAAAACACAAUAGUUGUGUGUUGAGUAAUAUAAUUUGAAUGUAAGUUUGUCCAGUUUUUCUAACAUAUUGUGAUGUUGGUAUAUUGGUAAGAUUUAAAGAUUUAAAUCCAUGAAAAUACAUUGAUAAUUUGAUAUUUUAAUCACCCAUGAGAGAUGGAUACUUUUUUCUCAAUUGUGAUAGUUUCAAAUAUUGAAUAUGAACUGAGGAGGAAUGUGUUUUGAAAUGUCUCUAGUGUUUUAAAAUGUCAUUAUGCAUUAAUGUAAUGACAGAUUUCAUCAAUUUUGAGAUGUCGUGCAAAGUUAUACAGGUGUUUCUUCUUCAGUUGAUAUGAGCUGCAUUAACUUUUGUUAGAUUUAAAAGCGACACAUCAAAAUAACACCCCAUAUUUUUUCUUUCUGAAAUAUCUCUCAAAUGUUUUAAUUGGUGGUUUUAUGCAUUUCAUUUCAAUAAGUAAUUUCAGUCACUUGGUUACAGAAUCUGAAAAGAAUGGAAAAUAUUUUGUAAUACCGAUUACGGAACUUUGACAUCACAUUUUUAUUCCAAUUAUGUGCCCCCAUUUUCUUUCCCCAUUGGCAAUAAAGUUGGAAUAUGUGCACUUCUAUUCUCGUUGUUGGCGGAAAUCCCAUAGAAAUCCAAUAGAAAAGCGUGUUCAUUCUAUAACACAUGUUUCAAUGGGAUGUCCAAGAAGUUAGACUUAUGACGGUUUCAAGUAACUGCUCUCUGAUAUAAAAAACAAUAGAAAAGGAACUGAACACAUGGCAUUACUGACUGUUGAAAGCCAAAAGGACAUUCAUUAUGUGUGAAAGUAUUUUGCUGUUUUGGUUUUAUACGUGUAUGUUGUUUUCUUUCAGUUCAGUAUUAAGGUUUGUAACAUGUUGAUUUUUGUAUUGGUUACAAAUCAUGUAUCUCUUUCAUUUCUUUCCAUGAUAUCAUUUCCAUUUUUAUUGAACUCAGUUUUCAUCUGACUGUACAUGUUAAAUUAUUAUUCAUAUUUCAUUCUUUAUCUUUGAAGUUUUUACUUAAGUGAAUUUGUUCAACGAUAUAUUGGAGUUAGAUGGUGACAGGACAUAAGUUGCAUGAUACUUGUAUCAUAUUAUACUCUUUCAUUGAUAUAAAAAAAAAAAAUUGUUCAAGAGGUGAUUUUUUAUUUUAAAAAACAAACAUAACGAAUAUUAUCCAUAUCUAUUCUUAGUGAUUAAGGAUUAAAUUUCACAUUCUAAUCAAGGAAAUAUGUAAAUUCAGGAAAAGUAUUUUAAUAGGUAUAAUGAUGAUAUUUUGAAUAUGUAGAGAGUAUUAAGUGAGUGGUAUGGAUGUGGUAGAAAUCCACAGGAGGAAUCAUUGUUGUUCAAUGUUGACCAUCAAGAGUCCAAGCAAUACAAUUCUUCUUGUCAUUCCAAAAACGGACUUCUUUCAAAUGAUCUACAUUCAACAAAGGACAGAUCACACCUGAACGAUAAGAAUAAUGAGACUGUUGCAAAAUCGUUGCCUGCUUUUUUUUGUGCAAAAUGAAUUUUAAAUCAUUGAUUGCAUGUUAUAUGCUAAUGAGCCUCCUUGAAAAAUAUUAUCAUCUCGUUGGAAUAGCUCAGCGAGUGAAUUUUCUCAGGACAGACCUCAUUGAUAAUACAGGUAUCUGUUGAUAAUAUCUUUUAAUAUCACAUCACUCCUUGGAUACGAAGAACUUACUGUCUGUGCCUACAUAUACAGUGUAUGAUUGAUAGAAUCAAUAAUUUCAUAGUUGCCCAAAUCAUUUAGGUGGGACCAUUUUUAUUGUUAACCUUAUCAAUGCAUUUAGUUGUAUUUGCAUUUGUUUAUUCUUCUUUAUCAUUCAUUUUGGACCAUGCAACCCUUUACGCUGACAUUGUUAUAAUCAGUAGACCUCAAAUGUACUAUAUGAUGUUGUAAAGAAAGAUUGGGAACAUUUCUUUGAUUUCCCAAGUGGUAAAGAGUAUAUAUUUUUGGAAAUGUACAUGUAUAUAUUUGACAUAUACUGUACAUUUAAUGUGAAUUGUUAUGUGUUUGAUAAAUCAUUUGUUGUUGGGAAUGAUAUGAUUUGUUUGUGUGUGUUCUACGCACUAUACGCAAUGAGGGCCGGCAGCAUGAUAAUUAUGAACAAUAAAGUUUUGAC